UUAUUAACAUUUCAAUAUCUCUCUUCCCCUCUUCUCUCUCUCUCUAUUUUCUCGUACUAAACAAUAUGGAUAAGAAAUUAUCUAGCGUGUCUCACGAUCCUGAGGUGAGAAAGGGACCAUGGACAAUGGAAGAAGACUUAAUCUUGAUCAACUACAUCGCAAAUCAUGGGGAAGGUGUUUGGAAUUCUUUGGCCAAAGCUGCUGGUCUUAAACGUACCGGAAAAAGCUGCCGGCUCCGGUGGUUAAACUACCUCCGUCCCGAUGUUAGAAGAGGGAAUAUUACACCCGAGGAACAGCUCUUGAUCAUGGAGCUUCAUGCAAAGUGGGGAAACAGGUGGUCCAAAAUUGCGAAGCAACUACCCGGAAGGACUGAUAAUGAGAUCAAGAAUUUCUGGAGGACAAGGAUUCAGAAGCACAUGAAGCAAAGUGAGAGCUUUCAGCAGCAGAGUAAUUCUGAGGCAAAUGAUCACCAAGCUUGCACUAGCCAAGUGUCCACCAUUGCUGAGCCAAUGGAGACCUAUUCUCCAUCCUGUUAUCAAGGAAUGCUAGAACCAUUCUCAACUCAGUUCCAAACAAAUCCUGAUCAAUCCAGUUGUUGUACAAAUGACACCACCAACUACUGGAGCAUGGAGGAUAUCUUAUCAAUGCAGUUAGCCAAUUACUAAACGGGACAAAAACCUACAUAUAAACACAUAAUAUGUAUAAAAUCUAAGUCUUCAACUUUCAUAAAGCUGGAAUCUCUGGCUUAAAACAUAUCAGGUUUGUUAUAUAAGUAGUUCCAUGUUUGUACUUCGGUUUUUUGCGUACCAUCAAUAUUUCAGAACUAAAUUAUUAUGAGCUCUUAA